UUGUUAUUAGAUACGUUCUCAUUGUAACUUCUUAGUAAAACAUUUUUGAUGUGUCUCUUUAGUCAGUGUGCAGAUGGCUCCUUCCAGCGUGCUUAGACUUUGUUGAAAAAAGGUGUACAUUUGUAAUAAAGACUUCUCCUAUACAUUUUACUAUGUCAAUGCUGAAGAUCUAUGAAAGUUUACUGGUAAACAUAAGGUCUGCAAAAAGUGGCACAGAAAAUGAAGAAGAGAUCAUUGAUACUGAAGAGACAAGUCCUGGUGUAUGCCAUUCUAUAAAUAUGAAUGAAGAGGUCAGGAAUGCCAUACUAGCUUAUGGAUUCUUUGCUGUUAUUUGGUCUUUUGGAGGUGUUCUUCACCCAGACUCAAAGCAAAGAUUUAGUGAAUAUUUAAAAAACCUUUGUGACCAAGAUCCCACCAGUUCAAAACCAAGAGGUCUUCAAAUCCCAAGAUCCGUUCAGUUACCAAAAUUCGAAAAUGUAUAUGAUAUAGUCUACGUUAAGAAGAAGUUCUUUUCUUGGUGCCUGUGGAAAGAUGUUGUUACUCCUACUAAAAUUGAGGACAUAAUCAAGCUUAAUAUGAAGAACAAUGAAAAUGAUGUGCAUCUGAUGCUUAAUGACAUUAUAGUAAGCACGCCUGGGACCGCUAUGCAGAUGUACUUCCUGGAGACAUUGCUGCUUCAAGACAAGCCAUUACUUUUUGUCGGCCCCACAGGCACUGGAAAGACAGCUAUUACAAACAGCUUCCUGCGACACUUACCCCAAGAAAAAUAUGUUGUAUGUCAAAUUAACUUCUCAGUGCAAGCUUCAGCUAAUCAGACCCAGGACAUCUUCCUAACAAAACUCGAAAGGAGAAAGCAGAGGGUGUAUGGUGCUCCACUGGGGAAACAAGCUUUUGUCUUUGUUGAUGACCUAAACAUGCCUGCCAAGGAGAAAUAUGGUGCCCAGCCUCCCAUUGAACUGCUGAGGCAAUGGAUUGACCAUGGCUACUGGUUUGACAGGUGCAAUAAAUAUUAAUUAGUGUGCUUGGCUACAGAGCAGUAAUGAUAUACACUGUUUCUCUGAAGCGUUAAAUUGUUGUAUUAGUCUUUAUAAUUCCUCAUCUGCUCAGACACAACAGGAAAACAUUUUGAGUUACAAGAUUCUCUGCAACCUAAAGAAAUAGGGUUUUACAUACGAAAGUAAAUUACACAGUUAAA